CAUUCUCUUUUGGCUCCAGGGUUGUUCAGAGAAUGUUGACUUCUGUUGGUGCUCACAGUCUGGUCAGCAGUAUGUGGGGCUACGUGGACACCACAAUGAGGUGGUGCUGGCUUCCUGGCUGGCUGCCUUCAUGGUGUCCCACCUCUGAGAGCAAGCUGAAGACAGCAGAGGACAGGAUGCUGCAAUGUGUAAAUAGCACCUUUACCAAACAGUACAUCUCCAUCUCCGAAGACAACGUGCUGUGGACUCUGAGCUUUUGCAAUGACAGUGUGAAAGACAAAACCCCCAUAGUUCUCCUCCAUGGUUUCGGAAGUGGCGUGGGCCUCUGGGCUCAGAACCUGGACGCUCUGUCCCAGCGUCGGCCCGUCUUCGCUUUCGACCUGCUGGGCUUCGGCCAGAGCAGCCGGCCCGUGUUCUCCACAGACGCAGAGAAGGCCGAGGACCAGUUUAUGGAGUCCAUAGAGCAGUGGAGGGAUAAAAUGGGUCUGGAUUCUAUGAUACUGAUGGGACACAACCUGGGAGGAUACCUGGCUGUGUCGUACUCUAUUAAAUAUCCCAACAGAGUAAAUCACAUAUUCCUGGUGGAGCCCUGGGGUUUCCCCGAGCGUCCAGACACAGCAGAGACCGACCGUCCCAUCCCGGUGUGGAUCAAAGCUCUGGGGGCCAUGUUCAGUCCUUUUAACCCCCUGGCUGGCCUGAGAUUGGUCGGACCGCUGGGUCCCACUCUGGUCCAGACUCUGAGACCCGACUUCAAGAGGAAGUUCUCCUCCAUGUUCAGUGACAACACCGUCUCAGACUACAUCUACCACCUGAACGUGCAAACCCCGAGCGGGGAAACAGCUUUUAAGAACAUGACCAUUCCCUACGGCUGGGCCAAGAGACCCAUGCUGGAGAGGAUGGACCAGCUCCACCCAACAAUCCCCAUCACCAUCGUGUAUGGCUCACGCUCCAGCAUCGACAGCAACUCGGGCAGCAUCAUCAAAGAGAACAGGCCACACUCUCAUGUGGAGAUCAUCUCCAUCCGCGGAGCAGGACACUACGUGUAUGCUGACCAGCCGGAGGAAUUCAACCGCAGAGUUUUGCAAGCGUGUGAUAAAGUGGACUGAAGAAGAGAAGAUAAGCUUUCUGUACUCUGGAGAAAAAGGGGAGCGCUUAAUAACGACAUGCAUCACUGGAGCAAACGGUGCCACAAAGUCCCAAUCUCUCAAAGCAGGAAUAAAGACUGUUUAGAGUUUGACGCAUAUGUUACGUGAUAUUCUUAGAAACCUGGUGAAUACAGGCCCUGAGCUGACAUCACAGUUUAAGCCCCCAUUAAAAUGCUUUUUAGCAGCAUUCCCACACUAAUGAAAUGAUGCCCGUGGGCUUACAUCACAUGGUUUUUUCACAUUACAUUUUUUAGUACGUAUACUCACACACACACACACACACACACACACACACACACACACACACAUACACACAGAGACGGGUGGUGGUGCAGCUGCUUGGUUAAUUAAUCUAAACAUUAGUUAUACUGUAUUUGCUUCUCAAAUGCAGAGAAGAAAAAAGGAGGAUGGAGGUAUUUUUAAAAUUCAAAUAUUCUGCAUUUAAUGAAUGUACAUUAUUGUCUGGAUGUGGCCUUUAAUUGCUUCUGUAAUAGUUUGUUUGGGUGUCAAAUACGGAAAGUCAAACAGGAGCCAAAAAUGACUUUUAAAUGAGUAUAUUUUUUAUAAUAUAAAAAUCCUUGAAAGGUAAAUUGAUUGAUAAACUCAUAUUUUUUUUGCAUAUUUUUGAUAAAGAAAAAUACACUGACUGGAUAUUUUAGAAGAGUAAUUUAUAAGAUAUAGAGAUAUGAUAUUUAGUCAUGUUUUAAAUGAUAAACUAGAACAGAAACUGUAGUAGACACUGAGUUGCAGUGUCAUGUAUUUCCUGUGCAGUGCUCAAUCUGCCUUUCUGUUUUUUCUAUAUGAUUUCUAUACAGACAGGAAGCACCAGGAGCUAUAGAUUCAUCAGCUGCCAAUAAUAAUCUAUUGAAUGUGUGUCCUCUGGUGGAGAGCUGCUUGUUUUUUUUGUUGUUUUGCCUAAUCAUGUUCUUAUGUUUUAAGUUUCCAAUUCUUACUGUUAAAUGUGUGUUUUAUGUAAAGCACAUUGAGUUACCCCUGGGUAUGAAAUGUGCUAUAUAAAUAAAGCUGCCUUGCCUUGCCUAAUCUUUACAACUCUAAUGUUCAUUUCAGCUGCAUUUUGGUUGUUGAAGAGCAUGGGACCAUGUUGAGACUAAGAAGCAGAAGCACAAUUCCUACAAUGUUUUAAGGACAAUGCAUCAUUUCAUUCACCUGAGAAGCCUGUCAAUUACAAACUGCUGCUAUUUAAAUGUGCCGAACAAAUAAUAUAGAGUUUGCUCAUUUGAUCUCAUUUGAUAAUCUAUCAGCACUUAGAUAUUCUGCUGGGCAGUGAUGAU